AUGAUAUUUUCAUUAGUCAAUUGUGGUAUUUUAUUACAUAUUGAACAACCAACGUUUGAAACACGUGUUAAACAUGCUGAAACAAUUCUAUUUGGUCGUUUUAAUUGGUUAAUACCUAUCAAUAAUAAUGAUAAUUCAAAUGAAGUUCAUUCAUUACAACAAGAUACAUAUGAAUUUAUUGUUUAUUGUACAAUAAAAAAAAGUAAUGCACCUGAAAAUGUUCCACAUUUUAUUCGUAUUAUAAUUAAACAUAAUGAAACUGCAAUGGAUAUGAAAAAAAAUAGUUGGUUUAUAUUAUUUCCUAAAAUGAAUCAUUUAAAAAAUACUUUGAUAAUUGAUAAUCGAAGUGAAGCAUUCGAUUUAGAAGAUGAUUUAGAACUUCAAAUAUUUGAAAAAUUUUGUUUUCUUAAACCAAAACUCCCUUAUGGCUUUCCUAAUAGUGGUCUUCUCAAUCGUUGUCCAAAACCAAGUCCUGAACAUUGUUUUCAAAAUGGUACACAAAUUCGGCAAGAUGAAUUACUUGAAUUAAAAACUUUUCUAACAAGUACAACAACUCGAAAAGCAAAAUUAAAAAAAAUCAAACGAUCACCUCCAUCAAAAUCAAAAAUUAAACAGAAACGAUUUAUUGAACCUGUUUGGUAA